UGCCCACCCCCCAAAGCACUCGAGUGGUCCGCUGGUCAUCUGGAGGAAUCUGCGCCGCAGCGAAGCUCUCCUCAGCCGGACGGGACCUGGAGGUCAGCUGGUUCCCAUGAGCCGACCCGCAUCCCGGACCGGAUACUACCGACAGGAGGUCAACAGGACCGCGUGGGAGGUUCCGGAGAGGUACCGGGACCUGAAGCAGGUCGGAACGGGAGCCUACGGGACGGUGUGCUCAGCAUGGGACCGCCGGAUGGGGACGCAGGUGGCCAUCAAGAAACUCCACCGGCCCUUCCAGUCCAAACUCUUCGCCAAGAGGGCGUACCGGGAACUGCGGCUCCUCAAACACAUGAAGCACGAAAACGUCAUCGGCCUGAUGGACGUGUUCACCGCCGAGAUCGCGUUGGACCGCCUGCGUGACUUUUACCUGGUGAUGCCGUUCAUGGGCACGGACCUCGGCAAGCUGAUGAAGCUGGAGAGGCUCUCGGAGGACAGGGUCCAGUUCCUCGUCUACCAGAUGCUGAAGGGCCUCAAGUACAUCCACUCGGCAGGGAUCAUUCACAGGGACCUGAAACCUGGAAAUCUAGCCAUCAACCCGGACUGCGAGCUGAAGAUCCUCGACUUCGGCCUGGCGAGGCAAGCCGACUCGGAGAUGACCGGCUACGUGGUGACGCGCUGGUACCGGGCGCCCGAGGUCAUCCUCAACUGGAUGCACUACACGCAGACCGUGGACAUCUGGUCGGCCGGCUGCAUCAUGGCGGAGAUGCUGCUGGGGAAGCCGCUGUUCAAGGGGAGCGAUCACCUGGACCAGCUCAGAGAAAUCAUGAAGGUCACAGGAACCCCGGCGGCGGACUUUGUGGUGAAGCUCCACAGCCAAGACGCCAAGAACUACAUCCGGAGUCUCCCCCCGGUGCCCAAAAGAGACCUGCAGGCCCUCUUCUCCACAGCCAGCUCCAACGCCGUGUGCGUCCUGGAGAAGAUGCUACUCCUGGACCCGGAGUGCAGGGCGAGCGCCUCGGAGACGCUGGACCUGCCGUUCUUCAGCGAGUACGAAGAGGAAGAGGAGGAGGGGGAGGCGCUGCCCUACGACCAGACCAUGGACAACACGGACCUGCCGCUGGACCAGUGGAAACGUCACACCUUCACAGAGAUACUGACCUUCAGGCCGCCCCGGGACUCCAAAGAGACGUCACUUUAGGACCACACACACACACACACCAAAACAUAUAUGUUCUUGUUGACUUUGACUGUUUUUGUGUCAGAGUAAAAUGAUUAAUUUGUUUAAGUUUCAAUAAAUGCGAUAUGCUAAGUGA